GCCCCUCUUCAUCUUCACCAGCCAGCGACUCGUGCUCGAACCUUUUUUGGAAGUAGCGUGGCUCGUGCCAGAAGGAGAUGGCGAACCUGGGCAAUCUGGAUCAGCAGAUCGCGAGCCUGCAGAUCGGCGAUGAGGCGGCGAAGGGCGCCGUCAAGCCCGGCAAGAAGGUCGGUCCCGCGGUGCCGCCGAAGCCGAAGAAGUCUCAGCCUCAGAUACCGCAAAGUUACACCAUAAAGACCCCGCCGGUGCCGUCGUACAGCACCGUUCUCAACAACACGUCGAGCGACAAGACCUCGAACCUGUACAUGAACGCGCCCUCGCCGUACGUCCCGCUGGACAUAAAGAACGACUUCUCGUCGCAGCUGGCGCUCGCCAACGGCAAGGAGGCGGCGUCCAAGAUUUAUCAGAACAACGACAAUUUGUACACGCGCCAGCCGGAGGAGAAGUACGAGCCGAAGUACAGAUACGACGAGAAGAAUUACUACUCCAACGUCGGGAACAUGCCGGCGCCUCAGGUGCCCACCGCGGCGUCGGACGAUCGCGCGAACAGGGCGACCAGGAACGCGGUGUACAGCAACGUGGAACCACCCUCGGUCUCCGCGUACGAGUACGUCCCGUACGACAAGGAGAUUAUAUACAGCAACAUUCAGUGGAAUCCUAAAACGGAGAAUACGUACUGCAACGUUCCCGCCGCGCACGGGGCUGACGAUUUACCACCGCCGCCGGAGCCGUCGGAGUACGUCUCCUGCGUACCUGGGAAUUCGUUUCCACCGCCGCCCGAUGAGCUGCCUCCGCCACCGAGUCCCGUCUCGUCGAGUUACAGCGAGCUGAGGCGCGCCACUUACCAGACCGAUUUCCCAUCGGGCAAUUAUCCCGCCGACAUCUACGGACCGAGUUCUCAGUCCAGCUCGACGUACGAAUCCAUAUACGAGCCGAUCAAUCCGAGACCACCGUCGCAGUUGUCGUGCAACUAUUCCAUGUACUCCGGCUACGGGUCGGCCGCGUCUACUCAGCCGCAGGGCAAGGUGUCUCCCGUUAAAGAAGUUGACGUGCUCACGGAUCUGUUGGUUCAAGGAAUGGAGGAUAAUAACGAAGACAGCGAUAUAUAUGGCAUCUGCGCGCAAUGCGGGCGCAAGGUCGAGGGAGAAGGAACCGGGUGCUCGGCGAUGGACAAAGUCUUUCACAUAAGUUGCUUCUGCUGCUUCGUAUGCAAGGUCAAUCUCCAAGGGAAGCCCUUCUACUCGCUGGAAGGCAAGCCUUACUGCGAGGAGGACUAUCUCAACACUCUGGAAAAGUGCUGCGUUUGCACCAGACCGAUACUGGACCGAAUAUUGAGAGCUACCGGCAAGCCGUAUCAUCCCUCGUGCUUCACCUGCGUCGUAUGUGGGCAGAGUCUGGACGGUAUACCGUUUACCGUGGACGCUACGAAUCAGAUACAUUGCAUUCAGUGUUUCCACAAGAAAUUCGCUCCGCGUUGCUGCGUCUGCAAGCUGCCCAUAAUGCCCGAGCCUGGUCAGGACGAGACCAUACGAGUGGUGGCGUUGGAUCGCAGUUUCCACAUCCAGUGCUACAAGUGCGAGGACUGCGGAUUGGUGUUGUCGUCCGACUCGGAGGGGCACGGCUGCUAUCCCCUGGACGAUCACAUCCUGUGCAAAAGCUGCAACGCUACUCGCGUCCAAGCCUUAACGUCUCAUAUGACGACCGAAUUAUAAACUAUAUGGACGCGACAAGAGCUUUAUACAAUUUGCUGUUGAAAAACUCCGGGGGUACGGAAGAAAUGUUAAAUCAAGUAUCGUUGUGAUUAACUGUGUAGUGACAUAAGUGCCGCUAUAUACACGGUACAUAGAGCCUUUUUUAUGCAUACAGUUUUUCUAUUCCGCUAUUAUUAUUCACAGUAUUCGAAAACCGAUAUUUGCUAUCCCAUUACAUUAACGAAGAAUUCAUUUCUUUUUUACACUUUAUACCUGUUAGCCAGACUAAGGAAAUUUGACUGUCCAAAAUGUUUGGAUCUUUUUUACAAUUUGACACGAAAAAGAAGGCAAUUGUUAAGGAGCAAUUGUUGGAUUAAUUAUAUAUUCUACUUAAUCUUUACGGCCAUAAGAUCAAUGCAUUAGAAUUCCGCCACUGCCAUAACCGAAGCAUUUUCUCAGUACAUUACGGAAUAACAUCGGCAAAAUAAAAGUAGAUUGUAAGUUUGACGUCCGAGGUAAUUUUCCUGCAGAUGUGAUUAUUAUUGUGAUUCUAGUAAAGUAUUCGAUGUAUCGUAAAGUAUUUAACGUGUAGUCUGUCGUCGACAGGAGUACCGCUUCGAUUCAUUUAUAUUUAGAGAUAGGCCUUAGAUUCGGGGAGGGGGAGAGUAGGAUUAUUGUUAUUGACAAUAUCGGUAUAUAUAUAAUAUAUAUAUAUCGGCGAGGAAGCGUGCCAUUUCUUUUUGCGAUCUUGUUGAAACAGAUUACGAGAGACUAUCGAGAAAAAGAAGGACAAACGCCUCAAUCCGAAACACCUUUGGGCGCGAUGCGACUAGCUCCCAAACUUUCUCGCAUGGGUAAAAUAUUACAUCGAGGAGAGAGACUUAUAUGAUCUCUGUAUUAUAGUAUCAAUAAAAAUACAGUUUGUUAUUUAUGGCCAAAGAGUAA